CAUUUCUUUGGCUCAAAGCUUGCGGCAGAGCUGGCCACUGCACGACUCCGCCAGCUCGUCAUUCGCUCGAUGUGUCUCUUUUAUCAAGUCCUAUGAAAUCAGAAGACCACAAAAAAACGUACGGACGAAAUAUAUCAAGAUAAACAACUGGUCAAAUAUUAGGAAUAUUUAUAAUCAAAGGAAGCUCUUUGAUUCCCUCUCCCACCAUCUCCCCACCUCCCUCUUCAUCUCUCCUUUCAAUUCACCCAAAUGAGAUCCAUGAACAUGAGAACAGGAGAAGGAGGAGGAUGGGUUGUAUGAAGUCUAAGCUAAGCGAGGGACUUAGCCAGGGGAAGUGUGAUCCUCCACCACCCGACCGCAGCUCCGACACUGUCUACGUCCGCGACCCAACCUUAAACAGAAAUAAACCUGGAAAGCCAUCAGAGCUUCUUCCCGGGCAGAUUUUUCAGAAGUUGGAAGAGCAGGGAAACAGCAGUAAGGUGGUGGUGGCGCUCUACCCCUAUGAGGCCAUCCACCCAGAAGACCUGGGCUUCAAAAAGGGAGAGACCAUGAUGGUGCUGGAGGAGUGUGGAGAAUGGUGGAGGGCCAAAUCCAUAAGCAGCAAUAGAGAAGGGUUCAUCCCUUCCAACUACGUGGCGCAGGACAACACCAUGGAGACGGAGGAGUGGUUCUUCAAGGACAUCAAUCGAAAGGACGCAGAGAGACAGCUGCUGAGUCCUGCCAACCGACCGGGCUCGUAUCUCAUCCGGGAGAGUACCGUAAAAGGAAGUUACUCACUCUCCGUCAGGGAUGUCGACCCCCAGGGUAGCGACAUAGUGAAGCACUUCAAAAUAAGAGCGCUGGACAACGGUGGCUGCUACAUCUCACCCAAGAUCACCUUCCCCGACAUCGGCAGCAUGGUCCGAUAUUACGAGGAACAACCGGAGGGGCUGUGCGGGCGCCCGCUGCAUCCCUGCAAGAAGCCCCGAGCCCAGAAGCCGUGGGACAAGGACGCCUGGGAGAUCUCCAAGACCUCCAUCAAGAUGGUGAAGAAGCUGGGAGCCGGACAGUUUGGAGAAGUCUGGAUGGCCUACUACAACAACGUGACCAAGGUGGCGGUGAAGACCUUGAAGCCGGGGACCAUGUCGCCGGAGGCCUUCAUGGACGAGGCCAACAUGAUGAAGACCCUGCAGCACGACCGGCUGGUGCGGCUGCACGCCGUGGUCACCAAGACCCCGCCCAUCUACAUCAUCACCGAGUACAUGGCCAACGGCAGUCUCCUUGACUUCCUGAAGAGCAGCGCAGGAGCUAAACUGCAACUUCCCAAACUCAUCGACUUCUCUGCACAGAUCGCAGAGGGCAUGGCGUACAUCGAGAAGAUGAACUACAUCCACCGGGACCUGAGAGCGGCUAACGUCCUGGUCUCUGACAGUCUGCUCUGCAAGAUCGCCGACUUCGGCCUGGCCCGGGUCAUCGAGGACGACCAGUACACUGCCAGAGAAGGGGCUAAGUUUCCCAUCAAGUGGACCGCUCCGGAAGCCAUCAACUACGGCUGCUUUACCAUCAAGUCAGACAUGUGGUCCUUCGGAGUUCUGCUGUACGAGAUCAUCACCUUAGGAAAGAUCCCCUAUCCAGGCAUGAACAAGAGCGAGGUGAUGUCAUCUAUACAGCGGGGCUACCGGAUGCCCCAGCCUGCAGACUGCCCUACCGAACUCUACGACAUCAUGAUGUCAUGCUGGAAGAACAAGCCCGACGACCGACCCACCUUUGACUACAUGCAGAGUGUUCUGGAUGACUUCUACACUGCCACCGAGGCGCAGUACCAACAUCAGCCUUAGGGGGCGGCAGGGAGACGGAGAGAGCCAAAGACAGAGAGAAAGAAAGAAAAGGGGAGUGAGAGUCUGGGGUGGGAAUAGGAUGAGAGAGAGAGUUUUUAAACUGCUUUGGCAAUUAAUAUCGCUAAUAAAGCUACUUUGAAAUUAGAGUGAAAGUGAGUGAGUGAAUACGCAGCGAAUAAUUGUAGCACUAGAAACAGGGUAGAACUCGAUAGGUGGUCAGGAUAAAAAGUUCAGAUUCUUUAAUGUCAGGAUAGAGACAGACUUAUUUACAGUGCAAAGUUGACACCGUUGGUGGAACACGAAAAAUACAUAUGGGAAUACCUUACUUGGUGUUCUAUAUAUACUAUGAUUUACUGCAUUGCAAUAAUAAUAUUAUGUAAAUGGUAAAGUAAUCUUGUUUUCAUGUGCUGUAUUUAAAACGUGGUUGGGCUCCUGUUAUGAUCCCUUCAUAUUGAAGUAUGUAUAUAGUGUUGCAUGGAGAUUGUUAAAUAUUGUCAUGGUUUUGCUAUUAGAUUUUAUCAGUUUGAAUUAUUUUGUAUCAGUUUGAUGAAUUAAUGCCAAUCAUGUUUCCUUAAUUUUUUUAGUACAAAAGGGAAAGUGUUUACUAAUCAAGAAAUCGUUGUGACAGAACAUGAAAUACCGGUAUUGUUUUUAUGAUGCGUUUUGAAUUCUUCUUGAAUUUCCCUCGGGAUUAAUAAAGUAGGCUAUAUAUCUAUCUAUCUAUCUGUUACAUUGAACUACUAUGUACAUAUGAAUAAAUAUAUGGCGGUAUUUGUUA